AUUUACCAUCAAAUCUGAGUUCAAUCGUUAUAACUUAUACGGCACCCCGCGCCACCACUAUCUUCUUGAAAAAUUCAAAAUUUCCCAUCGAGCAUCAAACAUUCAAACCAAACCAAACCCAAAAGAAAUUAUUGUGGGUUUUCUUUUCCUUUUUCCAAAAUAAAUUUUUAUGAAUUUAGGAACAGCCACGCCAGGCUUUUUCUUAAAGUUUCUUUUUCAACGGAUAUCUUUCUCCUCAAAUUGUUCUAUAUCCGGUUUGAUUUUGGGGACAACCCUGAGCAAUCUUUCAUCGAUCGUCGUCUUAAUCCUGUAACUCGUGCUUUUAGACAGUAGAAAACAAAGACAUCGAUUUUUGCGUAAAACCCUCUUCUACCCUCGUAGAUUUUGGUUUUUUUAUACGUAUUUUCUUUCGUCAAAAUCCCAAAAAUUAAGGGAAUCUUCAGCUGUUCAGGUUGGGAUUUUGUAGCAGAGUUUUUUGAAGGAUUGAAUCUUGCAAUUGGUUCGCGAGAUUGGGGUCGUUGAUUGUUUAAUUCUGAUCAAUUGAUGUUGGAUUGGAUUAGGGUUUAUAGAGUUUUUUCAGCAAUGUCGUUAUCAUCGGCAUUGUUUCAAUUUUGAAGCAUAAUGAUUUUAGUUUAUAUGUUAAUUUAGGGGUUUUUGAAUUCAAUUCGAGAGUGUGGUGUUGUAAUUUCUGAAAAGAUGAUACUUUCUCCACCCCCGGUAGCUCGGAGUUCUUUGGAGGAAAUGCUCGACUCUCUUCGUCGGAGAGACGAGGACGAGAAUCGAGACUUGCCGCCGGCGUUGCCGACACGGCCUACAUCCAAGGCACGCCUCCCUAAGCGACUGCUUCCGGCGAAGCUUGAUGUUGAAUAUGUUGCGCCUCCAGAUUUCACUAACAUCAAAAAGCAAGAUGUCAAAUGUAUUACUGGCAGCGUCUGUCAUUUUGGCCGGAAGAAAGUGACAGCAGCGGCAGCUGUUGGCGAAUCACCAUACACCAUGGCGCCUGUUUGUGAGCAGAGACUGACGGAGGACGGUGGUGCUACCCUUGCUACUCUAUCGAUCUCACAGGAAACUGAUUGGGAAGAUAGUAUUUGUUAUUUCGUUAAGAAGAAACUUCGAGUAUGGUGUAGGCCCCGCAAUGACCAAUGGGAGUUGGCAAAGAUCAAAUCAACCGUAGGAGAUGAAGCAUCUGUUAUGCUUUUGGAUGGAAGUGUGAUGACAGUAUCUACAGCAGAUCUCUUACCUGCAAACCCAGAAGUUCUUGAUGGAGUAGACGAUCUUGUUGAACUUGGUUACCUGAAUGAGCCAUCAGUUCUUCACAAUCUCCAGUACAGAUAUGCUCGUGAUGUAAUUUAUAGUAAGGUGGGCCCCGUCCUAUUAGCAAUCAAUCCCUUCAAAGAUGUUCAAAUUUAUGGAGACGAUUAUGUGACUGCUUAUAGGGAAAAGAUUUUGGAGAACCCUCAUGUAUAUGCUACAGCUGACACUGCUUACAACAAUCUGAUGAAAUAUGGUAGAAACCAGUCUAUUGUUGUUGGGGGUGAAAGUGGAUCUGGGAAGACAGAAACAGCAAAGUUUGCACUGCAAUAUCUGGCAUCUGUUGGAGGUGACAAUUGUGAGAUGGCAUCCAAAAUAACUCAUACCAGUUGCAUUUUGGAAGCUUUCGGGAAUGCAAAAACAUCCCGGAAUUGCAAUUCCAGCCGAUUCGGGAAAUUAAUCGAUAUUUAUUAUAACACAGAGGGGACAGUAUCUGGUGCUUGUAUUAAAACACUUCUUCUUGAAAAGUUUAGAGUAUCUCAAUUAUGUCGUGGAGAACGAUCAUUUCAUAUCUUCUAUCAGAUGUGUGCUGGGGCUCCACCUGCUUUUAAAGAUAGACUGAAUUUGAAAUUGGCAAGUGAGUAUAAGUUUCUGAAUCAGAGUGGGUGUUUGAAAAUCAAUGGUCUUGAUGAUGCCCAUAACUUUGAAAAGCUAAUGGAAGCGUUUGAUGUUGUUGGGAUUCGCCUUGAGGAUCUUGAGCAUGCCUUUGAAUUGCUGUCUGCAAUCUUAUGGCUUGGGAAUAUUUCAUUUACAGUAAUUGAUGAAGAUGAAUAUGUUGAGGUUGUGGCUGAUGAAGCUAGUAGGAGCGCUGCUAAGUUAAUGGGAUGCAAGGUGAAUGACCUGGUGUCUGUUUUAUCUGGCAAUGAUAUGGGCGAACCAUUAACUUUGCAACAGGCAAUUGAUAAAAGAGACGCAUUGGCAAAAUUUGUUUAUGAGAGCUUGUUCAGUUGGGUUGUGGGAGAGCUUAAUAGAUCACUUGAAGGGGACAAAGACAAACAACAUAAUCCAAGGACAAUAAGCAUUCUUGACACUUAUGGGUUUGAGUCAUUUCAGAAAAACAGCUUUUCACAGUUGUGUAUAAAUUAUGCUGAUGAGAGGCUGCAGCAGCACUUCAUUCGCCAUCUAUGUAAGCUUGAACAAGAGGAGUACGAAUUGGAAGGAAUUCACUGGAAAAAGGUAGAGUUCGAAGACAACCAUGAGUGUUUGGAUCUUUUUGAGAAGAAACCUAUGGGACUAAUAUCAAUGCUAGACGAGGGUUCAAAUUCUUCCAAAGCCACUGAUGUAACAUUUACUAAUAAAACUAAACGUCACCUCAGUUCUAAUUCAUGCUUUAGUGUUGAAAAAGGAGCUUUCAAAGUUCGCCAUUAUGCUGGAGAGGUUCAAUAUGAUGCUACAGGGUUCUUAGAACAAAACCGUGAUACUUUACAGUCUGAUAUAAUCCAACUCCUCUCAGCAUCACGUAAAAGUCUCCUUAAUCUUUUUGCCUCUGGUUCACAUGUGCAAAGUGUCGGGGUGAAGUUCAAGGAGCAAUUAUUUAAAUUGAUUCAGCAAUUAGAAAAUUCAAAGGCACACUUUAUCCGAUGCAUAAGACCAAACACCAAGCAACUUCCUGGAAUGUAUGAAAAGGAAUUUGUAUUACAACAGCUUAGAUGCAGUAGAGUCAUGGAAAUUGUACAAAUCUUAAAAUCCAGAUACUCAAUACGCCUUACACAUCAAGAAUUCGCUAACCGGUUUGGGUGUCUUUUAUCGGAGAACAUUAUCUGUAUGGAUCCACUGAGUACAUCACUUGCUAUUUUACAACAGUAUCGUGUCCCUCCACAUACGUAUCAAGUUGGAUAUACAAAAUUCUUUUUCCAAGAACAGGUUGAUGUAUUGGAGAAUAAUAGACAAGAAGUUGUGGAAGGUACACGUGAAGUGGAAAACAGCUUCCUUGGUGGCCGAGUUCUUCUUGAUUUACAUGAAUUGAAGUUUGGAGUUGUGACAUUGCAGUCAUUUGUUCGUGGUGAGAAUGCAAGAAGGGAGUAUGGUGUUUUAAAGAGUCUUAAUAAGCAGCUUGCAACAAGUUCACUUGAUGAGCAUUUAACAGCAGUUGUACAUCUACAGUCAUUUGUUCGUGGCUGGUUGACUCGAAGGUAUUUUAAUCACUUACAAAGAUGGAAGAAGUUGGCUGUUGAUGGUUCUAAAAGCAGGUCAAGGUCUCACACUGGAAAUUCAGAAUCCAAGGGUUUAUCACAGGAAAAUAUGCCGAUUCUGCCACAAAAUGUUGAAGAGCUGCAGAGGCGAGUGGUGAGGGCGGAAUCGUCUUUGAGCGAAAGAGAGCGUGAAAAUACUGCAUUGAGGGACCAAAUUCGACAAUUUGAAAUGCGGUGGUCAGAAUAUGAAACUAAAAUGAAGGCAGUAGAGGAGAUGUGGCAAACUCAGAUGGCAUCUUUACAAAUGAGUCUUGCUGCAGCUAAAAAGACUCUUGGUUCAGACAUGUCUGAAGGGCAACAAGGAAAGCCAGAGGGUUCACUUUCGCCGUAUUAUGAUUCCGAAGACAAUAUCUCCGGAAUCCAAACUCCGGUGCAAGUUACCCCCGCCAGAAUCGGAAUCAAUAAACGGGAAUCCAACGCCAAUGGCGUUGUCUCGGACACCAUCGAUCACUUGUCCAAGGAGUUUGAACAAAAAAAGCAGGUUUUCGAUACCGAUGCUAAAGCUGUUAUAGACGUGAAGCCGGGCCGCCCGCCUUCUGCAAAGCAAAUCGAAGAGUAUAAAAGUUUAAAAAAGAGAUUCGAGAUGUGGAAAAAAGAGUACAAACAGCGGUUGCGGGAGGCCAAAGCGAGACUCAUGAAGGGUGUACAUCCAGAAAGUGAGGGUGGCGGUGACGGCGGCGGUUGUGGUGGCGGAGGAGGCGGCGGCGGUGGUGGUGGUGGUGAUAAGCGGGGUAAACAUUGGUGGGGGAAAUUAAGCAAGAGAGGGAAAGAUAAAGAGAGGAUAGUGUGAUGUUAUUACAUACUUUGCCCUAUGUGUAUGGA